CAUCUUUGGGCAAAUGAAACCAUAACAAGCCUACUACUUGGAAUGGAAGUGGAACCUAAAAUCCAUUCGCAGUCCAAGUCCAAGAAAAUGGAAAUCCAGUCUGGCAGCGAGAGCGCGAGAGACCUAAAAAAACAGAUGCAGAGAAUGGAGAUGACGGAGGAGGAUGGUAAUAGGAAUAGGAAGGGGGAGGUUAUCGUGGAAGAAGGAUAUAGAGAAAACAAGAUAAAGAAAGCAAGGCUGCAGUCGACGCUGGUUGCCCUUGUGGAUGAUCCUAUACUUUCCGAUGUUCCCAAAAAUCCAACCUUAUCCGAUGUCGACACCCUCAUCUGCCUCGAAUUGGGCAGCGCCAUGCGCAUCUCUGUCCUCAAGCUCGACGCCACCGCUUUCGAUGUGGCGCUCAUGAAUUCUGCUACGGUCAAGGACCUUAAAGUUGCAAUAAAAAAGAAAAUCAACGACAUGGAGCAAUCCAAGAUGGGUCACCGCCACAUUUCAUGGAAGCACGUGUGGGGGAAUUUUUGCCUCUCAUACCAUAAUGACAAGCUACUUGAUGACAAUGCUGCACUUCAGGAUUUUGGCAUCCGCAACAAUUCUCAGGUGCAUUUUGUUCCUUAUGUUGCGCUCAAGGAUUCUCAUAGGCAUUCAAAGAGGAGGAGACACCGCUUCUUUCACGGCCUUAGCAAGCUUUCUUGAUGCAUAAUGGAUAGUUUUGCUGUUUCUGUAGCUUUAGCUGUGUCUGCUGUCUGUCUGUGUAAUCUCUCUGAGUCUGAGGAAGGGAGGAGGGAGGAGGGAGUGGUGAGAGCUGAGACAGGAGAAAAGGCACUUCUCUCUCUUGUCUUGUGCAAAGUCCAAGAGGUUGACAUGCACUUGAAAAGAAAGGUUUCUUGCUUCUGAAACAAAUCUUGGGGUACAUCUGCUGCUAGAUAUCUGACCUCCCUUUCUCUGACUGAUUGUUUCCAGUGCACUCAACCCAUCGACCUAAUCCAGGACACGCUAAUAUUUGAGCCGUUGAUUGAUAUACACAAAAGGCUUGUAUUUGUUUCUUUGACUCCGGUCAUUGGGCUUCUGUGGGCCCCCAGGUUUAUUAUCCAUUGAAAAUAAAUACUAGUAUAUUUGGUGACUUGA